GACUGAGCCUCUGGAGCCGGUUGCCCGAGCAGCGGUAGCGGCGGCAGGUUGUUGAGGAGCCGAAUGUCGUGCUGACUUCUUAAAGAGACUCGCUCGUAGCCGAAACGGGGGGACGAGGACGCGCAGGCUGUUAGGAUGGCUUCAAACUUCAACGAUAUAGUGAAACAGGGAUACGUGAGGAUUCGGAGUAAGAAACUGGGGAUCUUCAGAAGAUGUUGGCUUGUAUUCAAGAAGGCGUCCAGCAAAGGACCAAGACGACUGGAGAAAUAUCCAGAUGAAAAAGCUGCCUACUUCCGAAGCUUUCAUAAGAUAACUGAACUCCACAACAUCAAGAACAUUACCCGAAUGCCCCGAGAGACUAAAAAGCAUGCGGUGGCAAUUAUUUUCUGCGACGAGAUGUCAAAGACAUUUGCCUGUGAGUCAGAGCUGGAGGCUGAGGAGUGGUGGAAGUUAUUGUGUUUGGAGUGUCUGGGUAGCCGACUUAAUGACAUCAGCCUGGGAGAACCGGACUUGUUAGCAGCAGGGGUGCAGAGGGAACAGAACGAGAGAUUUCACGUUUACUUGAUGCCGACUCCCAACCUGGACAUCUACGGAGAGUGCACAAUGCAAAUCACUCAUGAGAACAUCUACCUGUGGGACAUCCAUAACGCCAGAGUCAAGCUGGUCAUGUGGCCGCUCAACUCCCUCAGAAGAUACGGCAGAGACUCCACCUGGUUCACGUUUGAAUCCGGGAGGAUGUGCGAUACAGGAGAGGGCUUGUUUACGUUUCAGACCAGAGAAGGUGAGAUGAUCUAUCAGAGGGUUCAUUCUGCAACGCUUUCCAUCGCCGAACAGCAUGAACGCAUGAUGAUGGAGAUGGAGAAGAGCUCACAGACUCUUCCGAACGAGAGCACAUUAACAAAGUCGAUAUCUCUCCCGCGAAGCGCUUACUGGCAUCACAUCACGCGUCAGAACAGCGUGGGAGACAUCUGCAAUUACCAAGGUGCAAGCUUGACUAUGACACUCAUUCCACGAGCACAGACGUUUCAAAGCUUCCUCUCCGAGCAGACGGAGGAACAGCAGAACCAAGAGCAAGCAACAGCGUCCUCUGGUGGCUGCGAUAGAAAUUGCAGUACCUCACCGCACCGUUGACAUCCGUACUGUGCUCAAAGCCACAACUCUUGGACAUUCCAAAGCUUUAGAAAGCUAAACAACACAUGUACAGUAUGAACUCUAUAUGUAUGUAUGUAUGUAUGGCCUAAUAAUUAUUUGUAGAACAGUGUGUAUAUUAAGAACUCUAGAAGCCUUUUUAUACGUUGGAAGAAGAAAAACAAAUGCCAAAAAGUUGUACCAUAAACUUUAUUUUUCCUUGUGUAGUUUCAGACAAAUGGACUUUCUGCAGUUAUUUUUCAGAUGUACAGAAAAUACGAAUACGGUACACCACUAAACACAGUUCAUCAGUCGUCUUUAUGGAACACCUAGAUUGCUUCAUUAGCUUCUGUAAAAAGACGAAUCAAAUUUUUUGCACCCAGCACUUUCAGAAUAGAGCUUGCUUUGCACCUUUGUUGUUUAGUUUGUGUUUCAUUAUGUGUGGCCAUAACGUCUGUAAGAUGUUUGCAGUAGGUUAUUUUGGAGGAAAUGGGAACGUUCUCCACCAAAACAAUCUUCAUUUGUAUGGAGCUAAUUUAUGAUAUCCGUCUACGCACUGGACUGGAGGUUUGGUUCAGCUGAAGCAAGCGUCCUUUCACACUGCAAAGAAGUGCCUUCAGACUCCCCUAGACUCUGUCUGGAAAGCCAAUUGAAAGAAAUUAUUCCUCUAGCCAUCCACCGCCUGUGUCACCGAAUUAAGUUUAUACGUUAAAACACUGUUUGUUUAAAAGCAAGAUGUCUUUUUUUUUCUCCCCGCAAAGGAAAUAAAUGUUCUGAUCCGAUUGUGAUUUUUAAUGGUCUCACAUAGAUAUUGAAGAAUAAACGUGUACACAAACACGUUUAAUGCAGACAAUCAAGACAGAUGAUCUAAUGGUUUUACAUCUAUACUUUUAAAUUACUGUUGAUCUAUUGUGUUACUUAUUUGUGCAAGGAAAACCAGAACAAACAUGGUCAUGUGAAAUAUGGAUGUCAAGGUUUUAGAAGCACAUGAAAAAUACAUAAAACAACAAUUUUUCCUUCGUUUGAAAGCGAUUGUGCAUUAAUUUGCGAUACUCUGAAGUCUUCUAGCACUUGAAUGUAAAUUAGCCAUUUAAUGACAUAGUACAUUAUACUUUAUUUAAAAAAGAAAUACCCCUUAGUAAGGAGGUUUCUAUAGGGGAUAUUUUGUCAAACACUGUUUAUAUCCCUGAUGUAUUAACAAAUUAUCUGGAUUUUCCCUGGGAGAUUUUCAGUAGUCAUUUGUUGUAAAAAUAUCGAAUGAUUGUAUUUUCACCAGCCUUCACUUUGUGUGUGUUUAUGCUUAUUUGUAAUUGUGUGUGUUUUCAUUCAUGUUUUAUUCCAUGGCAUAAAGUAAAGUUUUGUCCUGUGUGGAUAUGUCAAUGUUUACUGGGUGAAAUAAACUUAACAGACUUUACAAAA